UUACGAAAUUUACGAAAUUUUACGAAAAAAAAUGGGUCGAUCUAUCGAUCCAUCCUUCCUCAAAUUAUUUAAAAAAAAAAAAAAAUAAUUUUCCUAUUACACGAGUGUAUUCAAUUAUAAUAUCAAUUAUAAUAUAACUAUAGAAGGAUUCUGUUCUGUAAAGUUGUUUCAAUAUCUCGUUGCUCGUAAAAAUGCGAAAAUACGAUAAUCGAUAAUCGGGUGGUUCGUAAAUACAUUAAAAAAUUCUUCGACGAUGGACGAACUUUCGAUCUUUUAUUCGAUUCGUAGAAAUAAAUAUCAUUGUUGCGAGGAAAAAUUUUUCUUUUUCUUUCUCCCGAUAAAUGAAAUAAAAAGGACGGGCUUGCGUCCCGAUAUUUAAAUAAUACGAUCGUUUUCUCGCGCGAUAAAGCAGGGAAUUGAUGGAGCGACGCGAAUCGAACGAUUAACGCACGAUUUAAUCGGUAAUGUAUUUUCCAUGAUUAAUUUAUCGGUAAUUAUAUUUGUGCACGAGAUUCACAGAUUUUCGGAUAUUAUCCGGGAAAUUUAUAUUAUAUAAUUAAAAUUUUGGACAAAAAUUUUAACGAGCCGUACGUCAAAUUUUUUCGCUCGUUUCAUUGUUCCGUGUAGAGAAUUUUGUUUCAGCCAGUAAUCUGCCAUUUUUUCCUCGCAGUGUUCGUUGACUUUCGUUUCGUAGAUUACCCAUUUAUCCUUCAAAUAUGUAUAUAUAAGUUUGGUCAUUUCUCGUUUUUUUUACAAAGAAUUUCGAUUUGUUCCUGUGAAGGGAGAAACGUUUAUUAGACGAGAAAAAAGAGGAAAGGGGAAAAAAAAAGAAAGAAAAAAAAUAUAACGAUAACAUGUACAUUUGUUAACUCAGAGAGAGGCAAAAAAAGGAGCAAUUUUUUUUUUUUUGGAAAGACGUGGGGAUCAACACAUCGAAUUUCUUUUUUAUUCAACCGCAAGUUCCGCAAUUCGUUUAAAAGAGUUUAAAUCCUUUCUUUUCUAUGUUCUCCCUUGUAUGUAAAACAUUAUUUAAGCUCAAUAUGAUUUUAUCCUAUUACUGUGUCGUCCCCGUCAAGGCUAAUUCUCUUAAUCCGUGACUUGCUCCGCCAUCAUAAUUGUACUCUUACUUUACCCGAAACCGGUUUGAAUGGAAAUAGUUUAUUUAAGAAGAGUGGAAAAAAGGGUAUAUUCGAAUAACAGAGAGGUUGACAAGGGAAAGAAAGACAACGAGAGGAUCGUUUUCAAAUCGGGGUUAGGUGGAUCAUGCACCCUACGGCCGCACGAGCUAAUCGAUCGUCCAUACAAUCCUCGAUUCCAUCCACGUCAACUCCAUCGUCCCUCGUACAUCCCCAGCAGCAGCAGCAGCAGCAGCAGCAGCAACAGCAACAACAGCAGCAGCAACAGCAGCAACAGCAGCAGCAACAGCAACAACAGCAGCAGCAGCAACAAAUUCUUUAUGGACCUAUCGCUAAUCCGGCGUUAACCCUUCAACCAUGCGGAAGUGGUUUGCACCCCUCUUGCAUUUAUCCAGGAGCGCAACGUAACGCCGGUCUCGCUAAUCCUGCCCCUUUGCACAUACAAGGUGUAAAUACGUUUUUUUUCCUCCCCCUUUUCAAACAUUUCCAUAUACAUAUACAGAGAGAAUGAUUCAGAGAGAAUUCGUCCUCAUUUCUAUCCUUUCUUCCUUUUUUGUUAUCUUAUUUCUUCCGUUAUUUAUAUAUAAAAAAAAAAAAGGAGAGAGAGAGAGAAGAAAGGAGAAACGAUACGAUAAAAAUGAUUCGGAAGGAGAAUCGUUUUUUUUCUUUUUUUUUUUUUUUUUUUACUUUCGAGCAUUUUAAAUUAAAUAAUAUUUAAAUAUAUUCGAACGAUGGUUUCA